AUGACCCGAGCCAUCCGAGACCGAAUUCUCAAGGACGUGAAUGGUGAUAUCAAUGACCAUUUACGCAGCCACAUUCACCUCACAAACUGCAUCCACUUAAAAAACCACAUGCACAAGCAAAGUCCCAUCUUAGCCGGUCGAGCCCUUAUUCGGGACCUAAUUGCCCUUCAAAAGUCGAGGUCUUUACGCGACCCGUCUGCAAGCCCGCACGGAUGGCAUUCCCCUUCCAUAGUUGAUUCUCUUCUUAAGAGAUCAGAGAAGGAUGAGGCGAUUACCGUGAGACGGUCAGUCGGGAUCGAGCGUCCCAGAAUGUCUGUAAGUUCCCUUCAACAGGACAGCACAGAAGGUGAAAGAAGGCAAGACAGGAGAGAAGAAGGUUCUAGAAGCUCAGAGUCCAAAGACAGGAGUUUGAAGAUGAAAGGCAGCUACAGACAGGAUUUGCACCUCCGAACCUUAUCCGAACAGCUACAAGAUAUCCCGGAUGAGAGUGACCAUGCGGGUUUGUCCCGUAACCACGAAUAUCGAACCCGGGUCGAAAAAGUUUCCGAGGAAGAUGGAAUAAAUGUUCUGAAUCAAAAUAAUAGUAAUAAUAAUACUAACAAUAAUCGGGCGAAAAGGCGGAGGUUUCGAAGCUCGAGAAGGCCUCGUGCUUCUAUAAAUAAUGAAAUGUCAGUAGCUUCUAACUCGUUUGCCCAAGGAGGAAAUCAUGAUAAUAUUGUCAAUGGUGGCCCGUGUAAUAACCGAUGUGGAAUCCCCUGGAAUUGGUCUAGAAUUCACGACAGAGGAAAAUCGAUUCUCGACUUGGCCGGGAAGAGCCUCUCUUGUGGCAUUUCCGAGUUGAGGUCAAUGAAAACUGGCUCGAAUAUGCCCGACAUGUCGCAACACUCGAGCUCAUCCUCGAAAUCAAACUGUCAAGAGGCAUUGCCUCUGUUGCUCGAUAGUUCUCACGAUUACUCGAGCGAAUUAGGCCUAUAUGCCGAGAAUCUUCUAAAAAACGAGACUGAUUCGGAUCUUGCUUCUGAAGGUAGGUCCGGCGAGCAGCACAAGAAGUACAAUGAUAAUGGGAGGCAUCAGCAUCAGAAUAUUACUCAGAAGUACAUGCCGAAGACAUUUAAGGAUUUGGUGGGCCAGAGUUUGGUCGCGCGGGCUCUCUCGAAUGCUAUUACAAAAAAGAAAGUCGGGCUUUUGUAUAUUUUCCAUGGGCCCCACGGGACCGGGAAAACAUCGUGCGCGCGUAUAUUUGCCCGGGCUCUGAACUGCCGCUCGCUAGAGCGCUCGAAGCCCUGCGGGCUAUGCAGCUCAUGCUCCAAGACAAGAAAUGUGACUGAAAUUGGCCAGGUCAGCAAUGUUGACUUUGCGAGCUUUAUCGAGCUUCUCGAUGAAGUGGCGAUCCACCACAGGACUCGAUCCGAGCACAGGGUUUUGAUAUUCGACGAGUGUGAUACUCUAUCUUCUGAUUGUUGGAGUGCGAUUUUGAAGGCCAUCGAUCGAGCCCCACCGAGACGGGUCGUUUUUGUACUCGUCUGCUCAAGCUUCGAGGCCUUGCCUCAUGUGAUAACAACCAGGUGCCAAAAGUUCUUUUUCCCAAAGUUGAAGGAUGCAGAUGUAAUUUAUACUUUGCAGUGGAUUGCGAGUAAGGAGGAUUUGGAAAUCGAUAAGGAUGCUUUGAAGCUUAUAGCAUCGAGGUCAGAUGGAUCUUUAAGGGAUGCUGAGAUGACUUUAGAACAACUGAGUUUGCUUGGGAAGAGAAUAUCUCUUGGCCUUGUACAAGAAUUGGUUGGGCUUGUUUCAGAUGAGAAGUUAGUGGACCUACUUGAUUUAGCGUUAUCUGCCGACACAGUUAAUACGGUGAAGAAUCUGAGAGAUAUCAUGGAAUCUGGUAUCGAGCCAUUGGCAUUAAUGUCACAGCUUGCAACUGUUAUAACUGAUAUUCUGGCUGGAAGCUAUGAUUUCAUGAAAGAAGGAUCUAGAAUGAAAUUCUUUCGGCAUAAUGCACUGUCGAAAGAAGAAAUGGAAAAACUGCGCCAGGCCUUAAAGACUCUCUCAGAAGCCGAAAAGCAGCUAAGGGUAUCAAACGACCGCAUAACUUGGCUAACGGCUGCCCUUCUACAGUUGGCUCCCGAGCAAAAUUAUGUGCCCCCGAGUUCCUCUGAUAAUAGCUUUCAUCACAGUCCCUUGAGAAAACCGAGGAAAAGCAAUGCUGAAAAGUCAAAUGGCAUCGUCAUUAAUGGGAACAGCGAAACUGAGGAGAUUUGGCUGCAAGUGCUUGAAAAGAUUCCUAUUAGUACCGUGAAAGAGUUUAUGUAUCGUGAAGGGAAGCUGAUCUCGGUCAGUUAUGGAACAGCUCCAACUGUGCAGCUUCUGUUUACCUCCCAGCUGACGAAAUCCAAAGCCGAAAAUUUCAGACAGUACGUGUUACAAGCAUUCGAGUCGGUCCUCAAAUCCCCAGUGACCAUCGAUAUUAGAUGUGAACCGAGAACAGAGAUUGUCGAGCUCGAAGCCUCUCCACGAGAGAGCUCGAGGGACAGGGGCAAUAUUGGAAAUUCAUCGAGCCAAAAAAUAUCGUAUUUGUUAGGUGAGGGAAACCAGAGUCUUAGCAUAGAUAGAAGCAAGGUGUCUCUGGCUCAUGUGAUUCAGCAUGCAGAGAUUGGUUCGCAGCAAAGCAACGGCUGGUCCAGGAGAAAAACGGUCUCGAUUGCCGAGAAGCUCGAGCAGGAAAAUUUGAGAUUAGAACCGAGAUCAAGGAGACUGCUUUGUUGGAACCCACCAAAAGCAACCAGACGAAAGCUUUCGCGUUUGAAGAUUAGAACAAGGAAGCCUCAAGCUUUGAUGAAAUAUAUGUCUUGUGGAAGGUGUCUCUCUGGUGGGUCCCCCAAAUAA